CAACCAGCCCAAAAACUAACGCGCGGCCAUGUUGAAUUGUCAAUAUUCUGAAAGAAGACACAAAAGAGUGACAACUGUGCGGACUCCUCGAAACAGCGAGUCUUUACUUAACUUGAUUAAACUGUCGAAAUAACGUUAAGCAACGUCACAACCGGGAAGACUUUGGGUGGAUGAAGCAACUGAAGACUGCCAUCACAACUUUUGCUGUAAAAGAAAACGGAUUUGGAAGAAGAUGCCCAAAGGCAUUAAAGGAGGAUAGUCCAUUUAAUAGAAGUUUGCUGGAGACUUCUUUGAGCCAUUAUUGAGCCCCAGCAAACGCAUCGGAAGACUUCUUGGUGUCAAAGAAAAAGUCUGAGAUUUGAUUUUGCCACCGGCCAUUUUGAAUGUAUAAACACAAAAAGAUACUCGAAAAACACAAGAAAAUUCAGGAUUACCAUACAGCAAGGAUAAGGGGACUCUGAGACAAACAUUUUGAAUGAAAAAUAAGAGUUUAUGUUUUGGUCACAUAUUUGAUUUAUUUAUUCAUAUGAAUGUUAAUUUCUCCCUUUUUUGGAGAGUUGUCUUGUAAAUAGACAGAAUUCAUACGCAGACCUCUUCUUUUCAAGAGGUUUGCAUGUCGGAUCGUGUACACAACACAUUCUUUAAAAACGAAAGAUAGGAGAAAAGGGUUAUUUGUUUUUCAUUUUCUAGUUGUGUUUUUGUUUUUUUACACACGGGUGCAUUAAACAGAACAGUGAGAAAGAGGAACAUUACUCACUGUGAGAGACUUGUCAGUUAAACUGUUGAACCCAUGGCCACAGCAAGAACCGCAAACCCAUCACCAAUGAUUGGAUUGAAUAAACCAGCAAAUGGACAACUCAGAGGACAGACCAAGCCAGCUGGCCAACAGUUGGGACCUCUUUCAACUGCCCAACUGCCCAGUGCCCCCCAGAAAAAGAGCAGCAUUCCUCAGAGCAGUGGGGGCAUCAAGUUUGGUGAUGACUGGAAAAAGUGCCUGGAGCUUCCUCCAAAAGACAACAGAAUGAAAACCUCGGAUGUGACGUCAACGAAGGGAAAUGAAUUUGAAGACUACUGCCUAAAGCGGGAACUUCUAAUGGGAAUCUUUGAAAUGGGAUGGGAGAAACCCUCCCCUAUACAGGAGGAAAGCAUCCCCAUCGCUCUGUCAGGCAGAGACAUUUUGGCUCGGGCAAAGAAUGGCACAGGAAAAAGUGGAGCCUACCUCAUCCCUCUCCUGGAGAGGAUAGACAUAAAGAAGGAUCAUAUUCAGGCCAUAGUAAUGGUCCCCACAAGAGAGUUGGCCCUGCAGAUGAGCCAGAUCAGCAUUCAGCUCAGCAAGCACCUUGGAGGGGUCAAGGUCAUGGUUACCACUGGGGGAACCAACUUGAGGGAUGACAUCAUGCGUCUCGAUGAGACAGUACAUGUAGUGAUUGCUACACCAGGCAGGAUACUAGACCUGAUCAAGAAGGGUCUGGCAAAAGUGGAUAAGACACAAAUGAUGGUGAUGGAUGAGGCAGAUAAGCUCCUGUCCCAGGAUUUUGUGGUCCUGAUUGAAGAUAUUAUCAGCUUCUUACCGAAGGGUCGUCAGAUUCUGCUUUACUCUGCCACUUUCCCCAUCAGUGUGCAAAAAUUCAUGAAUAAGCACCUGCAGAAGCCUUAUGAGAUCAACUUGAUGGAGGAAUUGACCUUGAAGGGCAUCACCCAGUAUUAUGCCUAUGUGACUGAAAGACAGAAGGUCCACUGUCUCAACACGCUCUUUUCUAGGCUUCAGAUCAAUCAGUCAAUCAUCUUCUGUAACUCCACCCAGAGGGUUGAACUUCUGGCUAAGAAAAUAACUCAGCUGGGCUAUUCGUGCUUCUACAUUCAUGCAAAGAUGAUGCAGGAGUACAGGAACCGUGUGUUCCAUGACUUCAGGAAUGGAUUGUGCAGAAACCUGGUCUGCACAGACCUAUUCACUCGGGGAAUCGACAUCCAGGCAGUAAACGUGGUCAUCAAUUUUGACUUUCCCAAAAAUGCAGAGACCUACCUUCACCGCAUUGGCAGAUCAGGGCGUUUUGGUCACCUGGGUCUGGCCAUCAAUCUGAUAACUUCAGAUGACAGAUACAACCUGAAGAACAUUGAGGACCAGCUGAUUACUGACAUCAAGCCAAUCCCUGGCAGCAUCGAUAAGAGCCUGUAUGUUGCAGAGUUUCACUCUGUUGACCCUGAUGAUGAUGGUGAUGACUGCAGUGGAGCCAAAAACAAAGAACUGGGAGCAGCCUGAUUGAAUGGGGAAACAUGGCGUCUGGCAUUGAUCACACAGUUUUGGCAACACAUCACCCAAGAUUCCAAGUGAAGAUUUCUCUUGCCCACUUUUGGUCUAUUAAUUAUUUCUUUUCACUUUCAGUUUUAGUUGACAACAAGCUUCAAUCCUGGAAACUGGUAUCUUCACCUCUGAAAACUAUCAUUUUCAUCAGUUAAACUGUUGCCACACUGCCAGCUAUUUUCACCGUAGCAUGUGAUUUUGAAAUCUGUCAUUGAACUAAGCCACUCGACAAUAGAUGGAAAUUGUAACUUUUUAUUUUUAUUGUACUGAUGUAAGAAGUGAAAUGUGAAACCAAAGGUGGACUUGAAUGAUAGAGCCCAGCUCACAUCCCUGCUGUGCAGAUGUACUACAUUGGCCAUGUUAACAUCCCACUGUCAUGCCUUCUGGGCAGAUUGUUCAAAUGGACUGUGCUUUUUGGUAACCUAGACUCAGUGGUCACUUUACUUACUAUUUGGUAGGCCCCCAGAAUAGCCUGCAUUUGUCGUGGCAUGGUUUCAACAAAGUGCUGGAAACAUUCCUUAGACAGUUUUAUGUUGACAUGAACCUCACACAGUUGCUGUCUGUAACCCCCAAAGACUGUUGUGUUUGAAAAUCCCAGGAGAUCAGCUCUAACAAUCAUUCCACAAUCAAAGUCACUUGGAUCACAUUUUUUCCACAUUCUGAUGUUUGGUGUGAACAACUGAACCUCUUGACCAUGUCUGCAUGCUUUAUGCAUUGAGUUGCAGUCACCUGUUUGGCUGAUUAAAAUAUUGGCUUUACUGAGCAGGUGUACCUAAUAAUAAAGUGACCACUGAGUGUAGUUAGUUAUGUAGCUUUAGACAAUUCCUGUAUGGUAUUGGAGUAACAAGAGGGAACCAAAUUUGGAAGAGAAGACAAAGAAUUACAGAAAUUAGAAUAUAGAUGGCUUCAGAAACCAAAAUGAGCACUUUGCUCUGUAGGAUGUUUAAAACAGGGCUGCUAUGAUGCUCUAUUACAGAGCACCUGAAACUGUGAUGCUUGAAAUGAUUUUUUUUCACUUUUUAUACCGAAGUGUUUACUGCAAUGUAGUGUUAGUGACACUGUAACGCAUUUUGUCAAAGCACAGACCCAAUAAUGAGAAUAAAUCAGUAUUGUGAAACUUCUUUGAUCCCUUUAAGGCUCUAGCACAAGGCAGCAUUUUCUCAGGUGUUGAAGUUACCAGUAAUCAUGUAAAUGUGACAGGUUGAGGGACCCCAGUUAACAUGUUGUUGAAACCAGCCAACUUUUUCAUCUUAAUGUAGUUCCUUUGUCCCUUCUUCCCUCCAAAGUGCCUUAGUCUAACGCCAGACCUUUACCCUGGGCCAACUUGAAGAUGGCACCCCUACAAUUCCAUAUUAGUUUUGAAAGCACAGUUGCACUCUGAAAGGGCUUACAGUUUUUCCAUAUUGUUUGUUACAAAUGCAUUUGUUUCAUAACACAGACCAGCUAGAACUGUUGUGGACUCAUUGACUUCAGUACAAUGUCACAAAAUUGUCUAAAAAUGUCUUCAAAACCUUAACAUUCUGGAUGUUUUCAAGCAGAGCAUCUACUCUUGCACAUGCAUGUUGCCUCCUUGGCUGGCCAUUACAUUACUGCCAAGCACCAGCAGGGAAGGUAUUUGUGUGUUUCCUCUUCUAAAGCAUCUAAAGUAGUAAUUGGACCUCCACCCCACUCUCCAUCACAAAUAAAUACAUUCAUGAGUUGACAAGACGUUAAGUAGGGAGAGAAAGCGAGACAGGCAAGAAUUUAUUUUCUGUUAAGUGUGUCGAUGCCAACGCCUCAAAUAAAAUAAAAAAGUCCAACUGA